UAAAAAACAAAAAUACGUAAUAAACAUUAAAGUAAAAACUAAUGAGAUCAGUUUACAUGUAGUUUCUGGUUUUCUUGUUUAAGUAAUCCAUUUUUUGUGAUUUUGGUUGAUUUUAUUACUUAAAUGAAAAAACAUUAGUUCUGCUCUGUUGCGUUUUCGGUCAGGCUUGGAAUUCUGUCACUUGGAAUAUAGAUUAUAUGUUUUGUUGAGAUUUGUUUAUUAAUUUGGAUUUUUGCAAUGAAAGAGCCUGAAGGUGUGCCAAUUCUGCAAGAAGAAAAUGAAGAGCUGAAGGAAUGCACAAAGAACAAAAAACUACCUGAUGAUAAAUUGCCUAAAAAGGUAUCAUGGAAACAAAAAUGCUCAGACUUGAUUGCAGAUCUUGAGGACAACAAUUUGACUGAAGCAUCCUCUGAUCUUUCGAAAAACAUAGAAGAUAUUAAAAAAACCAUAAAACUAACCAUUCAAGAAAUUGAUGAGAUAAAAAAGGAGGAGCAUGAAUGUGAUCCCAUCAAGGAAGAGGCUUCGAAAGAAAGUUAUAUCCUGCAGUUAUACAAACAAAUUUCCAAACUUUCAUUUGACCUUGACAGUUCAGAAGAUGAAAUACAAGGCUUUGUAGCCUCAAAUCAGCUAAGCACUUUUCAUCUGAAUACCAAAGAACAUACUCAAUAUUACAUUGCUAAUCAUUUGUGGAAUCUUAUUGGUGAUGAUGGUGAAAGUACCUAAGAAAUUUGUUUUUAUCAAAGAAAAAAAAAUCUAUUUCAACUGUUUUGCUUUGAAGUAGUUUUUAUUCUUCCCUUUUUAAAAUUUUAUAUUUGUACAAGCUUAUUGUUUUUAAUCUGUGAAGAAUUUGUAUCUCUUUUUUUUUUUUUUUGAUGUACUACAUCAAUUUUUUGAUCAUCUAAUGUGUAAUUUGUGUGCUGAAAAGGUUCAAGUGCUCCAGAGGGAAAAAUUUAUGAGUUCUAUGAUUGUCAAUUGAUUGAAAAUGGUUGCUUGCAACCAGCAUUUCUGCUCGAUUAAUAUUGUGUUGUAAGUAAAUUAUCUGGAAAUCAAUCAUGGAUUUUUGUUGUGUGUAUUGCGACCACUAUUUGUGUCAUUUAAAAAAACUAUAUAUAUAUUUUUAUAUUAAAAUUUUUCUUUUAUAAUGAUGUUUGCUUAUUUUGUGAGAUAUGACCUUUAAUUAAAGAAUGAA